AUGUAUUAUCGUAGACAAAAGAAGCAGCAGAAUAUAUUGGCUGUGCAUUUUUAUCAUGAGAAUCUGAUACAGCAAUAUUUCUCAGUCUGGGUCCACAUCUUUGAUGAAGUGAAAAAGAUGCAGGCUGUCAAAGAACACUGUGAUUUCCUGGCCCGUCGAUGUGUUCUUAGAAGAGCUUUUACUCACUGGAAGCAUUAUAUGCUGAUUGCCUCUGAAGAAGUACAUUUGCUUAAUCUGGCCCAGGACCAUUAUAGAUUACACCUAAUGGAUGUUGGUUUUCAUGCUCUAAAGAAAAACGUAUUUCUUAUACACACUUCACAGAAGAGAGAGGAGCAAGCUAGCCAUCAAUACCAAAUUUGGUUGCUGCGUAGAUUCUGGACUCUAUGGCAAUAUCAUCUGGAGCAGAAGGAGGAAGAGAGACUUGGCUCCCUUAUAAUGGCAGCACAUUCUCACUGCAGAUUGUUGUUGUUACAGAAAUACUUCAGUGCCUGGUUCCAGUACAUUCGGCAGCACAAGUUCAAAAAGGUGCUGGUCACCACAGCAGAGAGCCAUUAUGCCAAGUGCCUAUUACCUCGCUGCUUCCACGCAUGGAGGACAUGUGCAUACUUACAUCAGAAGGACAGAAAAAUGGAAGAUCAAGCCAUCGAGUUUCACAGGUCUUGUGUACAAAGGAGAGUGCUUUCUACCUGGUGUGAAAAACUGAGCCAUCAGAAGGAGACUCGCUUGGCUGAGAGAAUGGCUAUAUUGCAAUAUAACUGGCGGCUGCUGGAGCAGUACUGGAGCUCGUGGAAAAGGCGUCUGACAGCUGUUCAGGCAGAGCAUGAUUUGGAUGUCUUGGCUUCUGAGCACUGUUGGAGACGGCAGCUGAUGCAUGUGUUACACGCAUGGAAGGAAUAUGUACAAGAAAUGAAAGCAGAG